AUGUUCCCCGCAGACGACGCCAGCAAGAUGUACACUACCUUGUACGAUAACGAGGACCCUCAGCAACAAGAGGACUUUCUCCUUCAACAGCAGCGCCAAUACCAGGAGUCACACCAAUUCAUCCAGGCACUCCUCGGACAGCCUGCCUCCCCCUGGGAUGAAGUCUCUCCUCCCUCUCCUGCCUCAUCCUGCUUUUCCUCCUCCUCCUCAAACUCCUCACAUUCCAGUCCAGUUACCGGAUUCAAGACAAUGGACUCUGAGGAAGCCGACGAACUCGCCGAUCUCUUCAACAUCACUAUCGACGAUUUGCUUCUCGGAACACCCCUUUCCUUCUCCGCCGACAUGUCUCUUUUUGCUUCUCAACAACAAUUCAAUCAGCAACAGAGCAUGCUGACCGAGGCCGCACAUAUCGCCUACAUGCAAACUACCGAAGCACAACAGCGGUACUUUCAAGCACAACAACAUCAACAGCAGCAGCAACAGCACUAUCACGACCACAACCCAAGCACGCCAUGCUCGCCCUGCACUUCGCAUCAUCCCAUGUCGCCAUCAAUGUCGCCUACUCCAUCCACAUCCUUCAGCGCGUCAAACCCACCUUUCGCCAACGCUGUCCAUAUCAUGCCUCACUCCUCAGCAACACCAGCAUACGCCCCUGUCGAUGGAAUUACAAUGGUCAAGAACGAGGAUGGUUCGAUUAUGGUCUUAAACCCUUCAGCAGACACGGUCACCUUCCGCUGCGAGCUCUGCCCCACCGAGUCCUUUGGUCGCAUUCAUGAUCUCAAAAGACACAAUAUCUCCAAGCACCAGCAAACGACCUGGCCUUGCGAAUUCUGCCAACGCCCCUUUGUUCGUCGCGACGCCCUCCUCCGCCAUUACACCGUCAAGGCCACUCGCAGCGAUGGCAUCCACCCCCCUACCUCCGAUACUGAGACUCUCUUGGCCGUCCGCGCUAGAGCCAAGUUGAUCGGCUAA